AUGUCAAACGCUUACAUGGAGAGGAUUUUGCUGGGGUCUGGACUGAGCUGGGCAAUCGUUUUGAAAAGGAGGAAGAUAGUUUGUUGUCUUUUGUUGCUUUUGAGCUCUGGCGGCUGUGGAAGUGUCCGAAUGCCCGGGGUGUUUGAUGGGAACAUUAUUCAUCCGGAGGAGGCUAUACGUUUAUUGAAUAACCAGAGGGUGGAAUUUAUGCUGAUUCACGCUAACCCUCGGGUGGAGGCUGACUCUGUACGGCUGCGACAACAUGAAGGUUAA